AUGCAUUUCCGUCAGACUCUCCUCAACUUCUACCGUGCACGAGUUGAGAAUGUGAACUCCGGAGCCAUCGAGUCGUCAGGCUCUCGCCCGCCAAUAUUUCGCUCUGCAAGCUCUACAUCCUCAGACAAUGACCCAGACACCAUCGUUAUUACCUCACGGGCCGCCAGACCGCCACCACAACAACUCCCCACGCCCUCCGAGAGCUCCUUUGACAUGUCCCUUCAAGAUGCCCAGGUCGCAACCAUGAAACAAGUGCCAAAAGGCAGGGCUCGACGCGUCAGUGCCAGAAUGACGAAGACGCAAAGCCGCAAUGGUCUUAUCGAGGACAUGAAAGAAGGGGACGUCAAAGGAAGGACUAUCAGCGGAGAGACCUUGGUGAACUUGGAAAAUACAAGUCAGUCAACACUGGUCAAAGAAGGCAUUGCCGCAUUGGACUUGCCGUGGAGCGUGAACGAGGUCUUUACAAAGCAGGGCAAGGAAGAUUUGCUCGGUGAGAAGAGCAGCGCAGCGGACGGUUCGAGAGAGUCGACCGAGACUGCAGAGGAUCCAGAGGAACAGCGUCUACGAGCAGAAAAGGCGGCUGCGAAGAAGGUGAAAAUGGCCGAGAACAACAAAAUAUGGGAGGAACGUCGCAAGGCUGCAGAGAAGCUAGCAACAAGAAGGUCGUCGAGAAUGCCAGUCCUAGAGAAGGCGGGAGAGGUCGUUUCCAGUAUUGCUAACAGCGUGCUUGGAAAGAGGAAGGAUAGAGCGUCAGAUUCGCGCAGCGGAACGCGAUCAAAAAGCUUGGGAGGCGCGGAGCUAGCUACUCCAGAACCCAUUCAGAAGAAGAGACGCGUCAGCGAGGGUGAUGCCACCGUGGUGGAACCUAUCCAACCGAAAGUUCCCGCCCGACGGCGGGAAAAGAAAUGGCUUGCAUCGGGACUCUACGCUGGCCAGCCUAGGGUUUUGGAUAUGCGACCGACUGGAAGCAAGGGUAGACGCAAGAGCGUGGCUCCUUCUGAACCUGUCAAGGAAAACUCUGUCUUGCCUCUGCCAAUGUUCGCCGGCGAGCGUCUCCUGGACCACGGCCGCGAUUUCAAGCUGCCUUUCGACAUCUUUUCUCCCGUUCCGGCCGGUCAGCCGAAGCCCGACGAGUGGAGAAAAGUUAACAAAAAUGUCUUUGUUGGCGAUGCUGCCCAAGCAUGGCGGGUGUCAAAGUAUGAGGAGCAUUCGAGCUGUCUGUGCAAGCCUGAGACGGGUUGCGAUCAGAAUUGCAUGAAUCGAUAUAUGUACUACGAAUGUGAUGGCCGAAACUGUAACUUGAAGGCAGAAGAGUGUGGGAACCGUGCAUUUGAGAGCCUCCAGCAACGAGUCAAGAAAGGAGGCAAGUACAACAUUGGCGUGGAGGUGAUUAAGACGGAGGACAGGGGAUACGGCGUACGAAGCAAUCGUACGUUUGAUCCAAAUCAGAUCAUCGUGGAGUAUACGGGAGAGAUCAUUACUCAGGAGGAAUGCGAGCGCCGCAUGAAGACAAUGUAUAAAAAUAACGAGUGCUAUUAUCUGAUGCUCUUUGAUCAGAACAUGAUCAUUGACGCUACUCGAGGAUCCAUUGCACGAUUCGUCAAUCAUUCCUGCGAACCCAAUUGCAGGAUGGAAAAGUGGACGGUUAACGGCAAACCUCGAAUGGCACUCUUCGCAGGCGAUCGAGGUAUUAUGACGGGAGAAGAACUCACCUACGACUACAACUUCGAUCCGUAUUCACAGAAGAACGUCCAAGAAUGUCGCUGUGGGUCCCAAAAGUGCCGUGGAGUCCUAGGACCAAGAUCCAAGGAGGAGCGCAAACCAAAGAGUCCCGAGAAGGAGACGAACAAGAGCCGCAGCAAACUGGCAGGCGCGAAACGAAAGAUCGCCGAGGUUCUCGAGGAGAGCACCAGCCGGAUCGCGAAAAAGGCCAAGUUGGCUGCUGCACCGAAACAGAAGAUUGCGCAGCUCAUAGGGGAGAGCACCAGCCUGAUCACGAAGAAGACCAAGGUGGCUGCUGCACCGAAACGGAAGGCCUCAGGUCGUUCGCAAUCCGGUAGCCCAGUCAAGGUGCGAAAGAUGAAGCUCAUCAAGAAGGCAGUGACGCGAAAGACAAGCGCGACAGUUGUGGGAGGUCUCUCCAGACGCCCCUCAAAACUCAAGACUCUUGUUGCGAGUGCUAAGAGCAAGGCAGUCAAACAAAGAGUUGUGUCGACGUCGUCUUCGACCGCUUUGAUUGUGAAGGCAAGCCCGAAAAGGACCACCACGGCGCCCAUCAGCCGAUCAUCAAGCUUGAAACAGAAAGCAUCUAGCAUCAAGAGUCGGGUUGUGAGAAGUGUUCGAGGCACUCAGAGAGCGAGGACCAAAUCUAUUCGAGCGCUUGAGGCUGAAGCGGGGGCUUCAUAA